ACAAUCCUCUGGGGUCUACAUCCGCUCCUCACCUGUUAAUACUCCUAAUCGCAACAGCCAAAUCCACUGCGGGGCUCCAUCAUGGCGGACCGGCAUUCAGUGCAGCUCAGCCUCAACAGUCUGCUCUCUAAGCUGGGCGAUCCCGACCCGGACAUGAGAUAUAUGUCCCUAAAUGAUUUGCUCGGCAUCUUGAACAGCCCUAGCUCCACGUUUUUGGCACACGACCAAGGUGGCGCUUCAGCGCUGGCCGAGUGCUUAUUGAAGGCUCUCGAUGAUCAGCACGGCGAUGUACAGAACCAAGCGCUGAAAUGCCUUGGCCCGCUUGUCCUCCGAAUGCCUUUCGAAAGCCUCGCAGCUCUUCUCGAAAAGCUUACGAACCUGACAGCCUCCCAGACCAUUGAUACCUCCGUCCCGAACACCGCUCUGAGAUACAUUGUGACAGCUCUACCUCGGCCUCAAGCUGGGCAGCCUCCCAGUCAGGAGGCGAACAUGGCUUAUUCGGCCGUUUCUCGGGGGCUCAUCCCUCGUUUGACUGGCCCGACCCCAUCCCCAACAAGUCGGAGGGGCUCCAUCGUCAAGGGGAUGUUGGAGAAAGAUCCGUCGAAGGGCUUCAGUAGUGAUGCGAUCGACGUUUUGAUUCAAGUUGUCACCUGUUUUGGUCCUCUGCUAAAGGAAUUUGAAUUGACCGCCUUGCAAAACUCCGUCAUGUCCAUCAUCGAUAACGACACGGCUGGUACCGUGGUUACAAAGAGGGCUCUGGCGGCUAUUUCAGCCCUUGUCCUUCAUUUCUCGGAUGCUCAGCUUAGUGCAUUUGUCGGAGGUCUCGUGCAAAGAUUCAAAUCCCCUCAACUUAGCACUGUUCAUCGGCGUCACCUCAUUGCGACUGUUGGUGGUGUAGCUAAAAGUGCCCCGGCUAAAUUUGGUCCUCAUCUUCCUAUCCUAGCUCCAUUUAUCUUCUCUGCUGUGGGUGAGGAUAACCUACCACAAUAGUCAAUUCAGGUCCCAACAUCGUCUUCCGUGCGCUCGAUUGCGUGAGGGACAUUAUCUUGCUAGUAGUUUCCAAGACCUAUUCCUCAGGAUGGC